GUGGCCAGGCCAAUCCAAAUAAUGUGCAUCACGCAAAGUAUGUGUCAAAAAUCAAGUUAGGAUCGUCUGAAGUAAAUAUUAUUAAGGGAGUUUAAAAGUGUGUUUGAUAUUCUUUCUUUGUAAUACAGUUUUUUCGUGUUUACAGUGUCGAACUGAAUUGUAAACUGCUCCUAGCUCUUCAUCUUCAACAAUCGGCUGCUUAAUUACGUCGUGUGUUGACCAAUCUAGGUUAAAAGAAGAGAAAAUUUAAUCAAUAAAUGAUGGACAACGUGUGGUUAGAUGGGGCGAUCCAAGCCAUCAAAGCCCUGGCAUUUAUGUGUGAUAUCAUCACCUACCCGGUGUACCUGCUGUUGCAGCGACCCUGGGAGAGAAAGCGCCUCUCAAGACGACCUAAGGCUAAAAUAGUCGCCCAAGACAACAAGACGAUUACAUACCGCAGCACAGAGCCAAUAGGUGAUGUACACGCCCAGGUGUUGCGAGCCAAAGUGGACACGCUGGAGAAGAUGUUGCUGUACGUGGUGAAGACAUUCCGUGACAAGAAAUGUCUCGGGACCAGACAGGUGCUGGCCGAGGAGGAUGAGAUGCAACCCAAUGGUCGACUUUUCAAAAAGUAUGUGAUGGGCGACUAUCAAUGGAUGACCUACGAGGAUGUCAACAAACACGCAGUCAACUUCGGCAGAGGGCUCCAGGAACUGGGACAGCAGCCCUACAAGAACAUUGCAAUCUUUGCCGAGACUAGAGCCGAGUGGAUGAUCGCUGCACAUGGUUGCUUCAAACAGAACUUUCCAUUGGUAACAAUAUACGCCACGCUGGGAGAAGACGCUAUUGCACAUGGCCUCAAUGAGACUGAAGUAACUAUUGUAGUGACUACACAUGAAUUGAUGCCCAAGAUCAAGAACAUUCUACAUAAGGUGCCGAAGGUGAAGACUAUUAUCUACAUGGAAGACCAGUUACAUUCCACCAACACUGAGGGAAUGAAGGAAGGCGUAGAGGUGAUUCCUUACAAACAGGUGUUGGAGAAAGGCAAGAACAGCGACAAGGAUGGAAUUGCACCUAAGAAGGACGACAUAGCUAUCAUUAUGUACACCAGUGGGUCCACGGGAGUACCCAAAGGUGUACAGAUCACCCAUCGUAACAUGAUGGCCACUAUGGUGGCAUUCUCGGACGCUGCCACAAUCUAUAAUGACGAUGUCUUUCUUGGCUUCCUACCACUCGCCCACGUGUUUGAGCUGCUCACAGAAUCGGUCUGUCUCCUGUGUGGAGUGUCUAUAGGCUACUCGACACCCCUCACUAUGAUAGACACCAGCAGUAAGAUCAAGAAGGGCACUAAGGGAGACGCCAGUGUACUGCAUCCAACCUGCAUGACCUCUGUCCCGCUCAUCCUUGAUCGAAUAUACAAGGGAGUGAACGAGAAGUUGUCCAAGGCCAGCCCAUUCAAGAGAGCCAUCUUUGACUUUGCGUUUAACUACAAAAGAACCUGGAUGCGACGAGGGUUCACAACCCCCUUGAUUGAUAAGUUGAUAUUCAAUCAGACCCGCAAGCUGCUCGGAGGUCGUAUCAGGUUGAUCCUGUGUGGAGGAGCUCCUCUGUCACCUGACACUCAUGAGCUGAUCAAGGUGUGUCUGUGUGAAGGAGUCAUCCAGGGCUACGGACUGACAGAGACAACGUCUUGUGCAACAGUUAUGAGCAUAAACGACAGGUCAAGAGGUCGUGCAGGAGGGCCAGCUACUGUGUGUGACGUCAGGUUGGUGGACUGGGAGGAGGGCAACUACAGGGUGAGAGACAAGCCCUUCCCUCGUGGCGAGAUCGUCAUCGGUGGCGACAACAUUUCCCCAGGUUAUUAUAAGAACUCAGAAAAGACUGAGGAAGAUUUCUUUGAGGAAGACGGAAAAAGGUGGUUCAGAACAGGAGACAUUGGAGAAAUUCAUGAAGACGGAGUGCUCAAAAUUAUUGACCGCAAGAAGGACCUAGUGAAGCUACAAGCAGGAGAGUACGUCAGUCUGGGCAAGGUGGAGGCGGAACUGAAGACAUGUCCUCUGGUGGAGAACAUCUGUGUGUACGGAGACGCCAGCAAGGAUCACGUAGUGGCUCUGGUCAUGCCUAACCCUCAACACCUGCAGGCGCUGGCUGUACAGCUGGGCAAGUCUGAGGAUCUGUCAUUCAACCAGCUGUGUGCGGACAAGGAGAUGGAGGAGGCAGUGGUCGUUCAGUUGGCUGCUCACGGCAAGAAAUGCAAACUGGAGAGAUUCGAGAUCCCAACAGCAGUUAAGCUUUGUACCGAGGUUUGGUCCCCGGAUAUGGGACUGGUCACUGCCGCAUUCAAACUCAAGAGGAAGGACAUUCAGGAGCGAUAUCAACACGAGAUCAACCGAAUGUACUCCUCAUGAUCAGCCCUCCCUCUCCCUGCAGACUGUACAAUUGUAUAUUAAAGAAUCUCUCUUCGUGUAUACAUAAUAGUAUUAAUUUUUUUUUUUUUGUAGUCGUACCGUACUGUAUUGUAUUGGGUUUAUUUUAUACGGUUUUAUUUUUCUUUUGUACUGAUACAAUAAGACUUGUAAAUAGCUUUCUUAGAAUGUAUAGCUGAUGGCGCAAACGUCUACGGCUGCUAAAGCAGCACUGUAUAUAUAUAUAUAUCUUCUUAAUUUAUAAUUAUUGUUAGGUAAUUGUUUACACUUUUAGAUUAACUCUACUUAUACAUCACAUUGUUUUUCUGUAUUUUUUAAAUUGCAGUUUUGUAUAAUCGUUGGCUUGUUAAGACAUAAUUUUAAAAAUUUUAAUGUGAAUCUGUUAGUCAAUGUUAAAAAAGCAUUAUAGGAUGUAAUAUAUCUAACUGGAUCAUCAAAUGUGAUAAAUGGUUUCAACUGUCGUCAAAAGAUGGUUUGCUUGAAAAAUGUGAUGCACUUUGACUACCAAGUAGCCAAAACAGUUGGGGGAUUUCAACAAUGUGUUUUUUGUUAUCAGAGCUAGGCCUAAAUUUGAGGCUAUUUCAUGUUGGCAGUAAUGAUUGAGCUCAUUCAGACCUAUCAAUGUCUUUACAAAGGUUGUGAUGUACCAUAUUAUGUGUUAGAUGUUGAUUUGCAAAGUUGUCUGAUUUGAAUAUCGUUCUGAAAUAUUCGGAUUCUGCACUGGGCAAGUUGUAUAUACCGAUGUAUUUUGUGAAAUUUUAUAGCAUAAAUAUCAUGUAUUUUCCUGGUUUGCUCCUGUCAAAAAGUUCCAAAGAAACGACAAACUUUGUUGUUAAGCAAUCAAUGAUAUUAUCUUUGAUUCUAUGUUGAAAUCAAACUGAAAAUACAACAUUCAUGUAUU